AUACAAGACUGUGAUUGAUGCCUGCUCCCUGCAGCCUGAUGUAGACCUCCUGCCCUUCGGAGACCAGACGGAGAUCGGAGAGAGGGGGAUCAACCUGAGUGGAGGCCAGAGGCAGAGGAUAUGUGUGGCUCGGGCUCUCUACCAGAACACCAACAUCGUCUUCCUGGAUGACCCGUUCUCAGCGCUGGACAUCCACCUGAGUGACCACCUGAUGCAGGAGGGCAUCCUGAAGUUCCUACAGGAUGAUAAACGCACCGUGGUCUUGGUCACACACAAACUGCAGUACCUCAUCCACGCUGACUGGAUCAUAGCCAUGAAGGAUGGCUCAGUGCUGAGGGAAGGCACUCUGAAGGACAUCCAGACUCAUGAUGUAGAGCUGUAUGAACACUGGAAGACCCUGAUGAACAGACAGGACCAGGAACUAGAGAAGGACACUGAGAUUGAUAACUGUCAGACUGCUCUGGAGAGGAAGACCCUGAGAAGAGCUUUCUACUCCAGAGAGGCCAAGAACCAGGUCGACGAUGACGAAGAAGAGGAGGAAGAGGAGGAGGAAGAGGACGACAACAUGUCGACGACCACCAGUCGGCGCUCUAAGAUCCCGUGGAGGGUGUGCUGGCAGUACCUGUCCUCUGGUGGCUUCCUCAUGGUCUUCCUCAUGGUCUUCUCCAAGCUGCUGAAACACUCCGUCAUGGUCGCCAUCGACUACUGGCUGGCCGAAUGGACUGCUAAUGCCGAUGGCCCAGUCAAUGGGACUGCUAAUGGCGAUGGCCCAGUCAAUGGGACUGCUAUUGACGAUGCUAAUGGAUAUGCCCCAGACUUUGGAAAUGUUACAGGAGACUUUGUCAAUGCCUCUGCAGCAGCUGUCUUCUCCAAUCGGACAAACUCAGCGGCUGGUCUGCCUGACUCCUACUAUGUGCCAGUGUUUAUCAUCCUGUGUGGAGCGGGGAUAGCCCUGUGUCUGAUCACCUCUCUGACUGUGGAGUUCCUGGGUCUGUCUGCUGCUACCAACCUGCACCACAACCUGCUCAACAAGAUCAUCCACGCACCUAUCAGAUUCUUUGACGUGACCCCCUUGGGCCAGAUCCUGAACCGUUUCUCAGCUGACACCAACAUCAUAGAUCAGCACAUCCCUCCUACCCUGGAGUCUUUGACCCGCUCCACUCUGCUCUGCCUGUCAGCCAUCGGGGUCAUAGCGUUCGUCACCCCAAGCUUCCUCAUCGCUCUGAUUCCUCUGGCUGUGUCCUUCUACUUUAUACAGAAGUACUUCCGGGUCGCCUCAAAGGACCUUCAGGACUUAGAUGACUCCACCCAGCUUCCUCUGCUCUGCCACUUCUCUGAGACUGCAGAGGGACUCACCACCAUCCGAGCAUUCAGACAUGAAUCUCGAUUCAAGCAGAAGAUGCUGGAGCUGACAGAUACCAACAACACAGCCUACCUGUUCCUCUCUGCUGCCAACCGCUGGUUGGAGGUCAGAACGGACUACCUGGGUGCUGUCAUUGUGUUAACAGCAGCAGUAGCCUCAAUAUGGAGCUCUGGCAAGAGCCUUCCCUCUAGCAUGGUGGGGUUAGGCCUGACCUACGCCCUCACAGUGACCAACUACCUGAACUGGGUGGUGAGGAACCUGGCUGACUUAGAGGUCCAGAUGGCUGCUGUCAAGAAGGUCAACAGCUUCCUGAGUACAGAGUCUGAGAACUACGAAGGCUCCAUGGAUACCACCCAGGUCCCCGAGGACUGGCCCCAGCAUGGAGAGAUAAAGAUCCAGGAUCUGUGUGUCCGUUACGACCCCCUUCUGAAACCUGUCCUCAAACACGUCAAUGCCUACAUCAACCCCGGACAGAAGGUGGGCAUCUGUGGACGCACAGGAAGUGGAAAGUCCUCCCUCUCUCUGGCCUUCUUCAAUAUGGUCGACGUGUUUGAAGGGCGGAUCAUCAUUGAUGGUAUAGACAUCUGUAAGCUGCCCCUCCAGACCCUGAGGUCUCGUCUGUCCAUCAUCCUCCAGGACCCGGUGCUGUUCAGCGGAUCCAUCCGGUUUAACCUGGACCCAGAGCGUACCUGUACUGAUGACAGACUGUGGGAGGCGCUAGAAAUCGCCCAGCUGAAGAACAUGGUCAAAGCCCUUUCUGGGGGACUAGACGCGGUGGUGACAGAGGGAGGGGAGAACUUCAGUGUGGGUCAGAGGCAGUUGUUCUGUCUGGCCAGAGCCUUCGUCAGGAAGAGCUCCAUCCUCAUUAUGGAUGAAGCCACUGCAUCCAUCGACAUGGCAACGGAGAAUGUCUUACAGAAGGUGGUGAUGACAGCCUUCGCCGACCGAACAGUCGUCACUAUUGCACAUCGUGUCCACACCAUCCUGGAAGCUGACCUGGUGAUCGUGAUGAAGCGAGGGAACAUCUUAGAGAUGGACAAACCAGAGACCCUUCUGGAGAACGAGGACGGCAUGUUCGCUUCCUUCGUCAGGGCUGACAUGUAGGCCCACACACUGUCAGCCAGCACACCAUCAGUCUAUCAAUGAAUCAGCCUCCUCAGUGUUUCCCACAAUGCUUAGGUGGGGCGCAGAGUUCCAGAUAUUAUUACCAUUAUUGACUGAAGCUCAUACUGUAGGUUUUAGACAGGGGAAAUGGAGCCAGGCCGGUUGACCACCUCCACUUGGUAAUGGUAGUGGAAACACUGCUUCCCAAAGCACCACUGAUGGCCUUCUUGUGUUGAUUAUUGGUCAUGUAUUAGUUAUUGAGUUAUUGAUUGAAUGAGUGACCUAUUAACUUGGUCGUGUAAGGAUCACAAUCGGUCGUUAAAUAUGAUUACAAUUUUACAAAGUUUUACCUAAAUGUUUUAUGUUUUAAAUUAUAACUUUUGUUACAUUUAUUAGUAGAUGAUGUAUGUAUAUAUGUUACACCAUUAUUCAUAGGUAAGCAAUAAGCAGGUAUAGUGUAGUAUUACUACAUUGGUACGAACACUGUAGGGUAUAUCGCUGGAGCAUUUUUAGCCCGGUGACCCUUUGUCUGUCUGAUUAGAUGCGAUGCUGACUGAACCAUGGGACUGUGGACAUUUAGUGGUCACUGACUCCUCUUUGAAAAAGGACAGCUUUCACCCAAUGGGUGUUCUCUAAAGGACUGAAUCUUAAUGUGAGAUGUGCAGGCCUAACUUCAACUCAUACAGAACUUGUGUACUGUAAACCACACAUCCAUGUCAAGAUGUAUGUGAAAACGUGGAGUUACGCAUGUUGGUGUUAAGUUAAGAUCCAGCCCUAAAUGAUAAGGGAAGAUUCCACUUUCUUCUACCUGCCAUAAGCCAGGCCAGCGUUAGUUUCUACCAUACAUGGUGCUGACUGGUGUAAUUGGUAAGGAAAGUGCUUUCUAUUUUCAGUAUUAAACCUGGUUUCUGGGGAGCUGUGCCACUGUCCCACUGUAGUACCUGAAUAUUUAUAGUUAUUUUGCAUAUCGAACGAUGAUAAUUUUAUAUUGACUUCUUUGUAUUGUAUUAUAGCCUGAAUGCCAAACUGAUUCUUGUAAGCUACACUUUGAAGAAUGUCGGUAUCUGUUUUUACUGAUAUACUGCUGUGUUGUUUUGUUUGUCAGUGUAAAGCGGAUUCUCAUCUCAAGAAA